CAUACCAUGCAUGCAUGCAUGUGGCAAGGGAACCAACAAAUAAAGUGUUGAAAUAUGAAAAUUCAUUCGCUUACCGUAGCAAAAAUGGAGCUCUUUGUCCUUUGUUUUUGUGCAACUCCAGGCCGUAUCUUGUGGGAAGAGUUGAAAUGGCCAUCCCUUGUCUGUGCUGCUCACCGAAUUCAAAAUGCGUUACGAGACGCCCUGGAUAAGAAGACCUUAUCAAGCCUGUUUGCAAAGUGCCGCCACUUAGUUGGACAUUUCAAGCAUUCCGCCUUGAAAACUGGCCAGCUUGAAGAUAAGCAACGUCUGGUUGGUGCGAAGGAAGUGAAGCACCUGGUUCAGGAUUGUGCAACAAGAUGGAACAGUGUGUACCUGAUGUUAGAUCGUCUUGUCCAGCUCAAAGUGCCUGUGCAGUUGGUCCUUGCGGAUAUGCCAGACAAAGAUCGCCGCUCCAUGGACUUGUCCGCAGACCAGUGGGCCACUGCUGAACAUCUCCUCGAUUUCCUGAGGUCGGUGGACCAGGUGACGACAUCUUUGGGCGGUGAGCAGUACUCAACCCUGUCCUGGCUUCUUCCCCUACCGACGGCACUGAAGUCCCAUUGCCAGACCGGAGAUGAUGACGACCUGCUGGUAGUGGCAUGCGUGAAGCAGGCAUUUGCGGAUAGUAUAACUAGGCGCUUUCAUUUGGAUGGCUUAGAUGUUCACGGAGAGGCGGUGCUUGCUGCUGCGUUGGACCCUCGGUUUCGGGCUCUAAAGUUCUUCGACUUGGAGCAGCAACAUGAAGUGCAGCAAACGCUCAUCAGCUAUGCAAGUGUCGGCUGCUCGCCCUGCACGGAAUCUUCAAGCUCUAGCUCCGAGCCACCAGCAAAACGCCGCUGCCUCCUGGAUCAGCUGCUUUGCGACGACGGUGAGGAUGAGGAUAGCGAGGGAUCCAUCGAAGCAGAGGUAGCAGCUUAUCUGGCUGAAAAGCCAGUCAAGCGCUCUGUUGACCCUCUGUUGUGGUGGAGCACAAAUGCUGCCCGAUUUCCCCGCCUGGCUCCACUCGCACGGAAGUACUUGUGCAUUCCAGCAACUUCUGUUGCAUCUGAGCGCGUGUUUUCCUUUGCUGGGCAGAUCGUCGACAAGCGCCGGAGCAAGUUGUCUGCAGAAAUGAUCGAUGCACAAGUCUUUCUGCACAAGAACGCCCACAUCAUCGAUGUACGAGUUCCUGCGCCACCGAAGCCGGCCAUGCCACUUGUCUUGGCUGCAGUCGAAGACGAUGAUGAACCUUCACUGCCAGAUCUUCCUUCUCAGCCAAUUGAAUUAUAGAUAGUUCAUGCUCUCUCUCCCUGUGUGUGUGUGCGUGUAUGUGCAUGUGCGUGCGUGUAUGUGUGUGUGUGUGUGCCUGCCUCUCUCUCUCUCUCUCUCUCUCUCUCUCUCUCUCUCUCUCUCUUUCUCUCUCUGUUUCUUUUUUUCUGAAGAAGAAGAAUCAUUCUGGUUAGAAAUGCUUCCAGAAUGCCCGUAAAAGAGGCGUUGUGCUUACGAUCAUAACCAGUGGCAAUGCAGUGGCAAUGUUCUUGUAAAAAGUGUAUGGCUUGCUAAAGGGUACCCGAUAACCCGCCCGUUAAGCCAGGUACCCGUUUGUUAGCUUAAAGGGUAA